AUGUCCUUACUCUCCGCUCGCUUAGCCGCCAAAUUGGCGAGAACCGCGCCGAAGAACAUUGCUCAGAUAGCUUUUCCGGCGAGCAAAAAUUUCCAUGCCAGCACGCAAAAUCGCGGAGCCGAGAUUUCCUCGAUUCUCGAGGAGCGCAUCCUGGGGGCCGCGCCGAAGGCCAAUUUGGACGAGACGGGUCGCGUAUUGAGCAUUGGUGACGGUAUCGCCCGUGUUUAUGGAUUGAACAAUAUCCAAGCCGAUGAGAUGGUGGAAUUCUCGUCCGGUCUCAAGGGAAUGGCCUUGAAUUUGGAACCGGACAACGUCGGUGUGGUAGUAUUCGGUAACGAUAAACUCAUCAAAGAAGGAGACAUUGUAAAAAGAACCGGAGCCAUCGUAGAUGUACCCGUAGGCGAACAAAUCUUGGGACGUGUAGUAGACGCUUUAGGUAACCCGAUCGACGGAAAAGGUCCGUUAAACACCAAAACUCGUUUCCGUGUGGGUAUCAAAGCCCCCGGUAUCAUCCCCCGUAUAUCCGUAAGGGAACCCAUGCAGUCUGGUAUCAAAGCCGUGGAUUCUCUGGUACCCAUCGGUCGUGGUCAACGUGAAUUGAUCAUCGGCGAUCGUCAAACCGGUAAAACCGCUUUGGCCAUCGAUACGAUCAUCAAUCAGAAACGAUUCAACGACGCCGACGACGAAAAGAAGAAAUUGUACUGCAUUUACGUGGCCAUCGGUCAGAAACGUUCGACGGUGGCGCAGAUUUUGAAACGUCUCACCGACACCGGCGCCAUCAAGUACACCAUCAUCGUAUCGGCCACCGCCUCGGACGCCGCCCCCCUGCAAUAUUUGGCCCCCUAUUCGGGUUGCGCCAUGGGCGAGUUCUUCAGAGACAACGGCAAGCACGCCUUGAUCAUCUACGACGAUUUGUCCAAACAGGCCGUCGCCUAUCGUCAGAUGUCUCUGUUGCUUCGUCGUCCUCCCGGUCGUGAAGCCUAUCCCGGAGAUGUGUUCUACCUGCAUUCGCGUUUGCUAGAACGUGCUGCUAAAAUGUCCGAAGCGCACGGUGGCGGUUCCCUCACCGCUCUGCCGGUCAUCGAGACACAAGCCGGCGACGUGUCCGCCUACAUUCCCACCAACGUGAUCUCCAUUACCGACGGACAGAUCUUCUUGGAAACCGAAUUGUUCUACAAAGGUAUCCGACCGGCCAUCAACGUCGGUUUGUCCGUAUCCAGAGUAGGAUCCGCGGCCCAAACUAAAGCCAUGAAACAGGUUGCCGGUUCGAUGAAAUUGGAAUUGGCCCAAUACCGUGAGGUGGCCGCCUUCGCUCAAUUCGGUUCCGAUUUGGACGCGGCCACUCAGCAAUUGUUGAACAGAGGCGUGCGUUUGACUGAAUUGCUGAAACAAGGCCAGUACGUACCGAUGGCCAUCGAAGAACAAGUGGCUAUCAUCUACUGCGGUGUAAGAGGCCACUUGGACAAGGUCGAUCCCUCGAAGAUCACCGUAUUCGAGAAGCAAUUCUCCGAGCACAUCAAGACUAGCCACAAGAAUAUAUUGGAAAGCAUCGCUAAAGAAGGAAAAAUCACGGAUGAAACCGACGCCGCGCUGAAGAAGGUUGUCCAGGACUUCUUGGCGAGUUUCUCGGCUUAA